AUGUAUUGUCUCGAGGAGCUUGUUCAUAUUGUGAAUUCUUCCAAAACGCUACCACAGGCCAAGGCGGCCCACGCCAGCGUUCUCGGGGCUCUCCCUCUCGAGUCUCGGACCGUCUAUCUCCUCAAUCUGGUCGUCCAGAUGUACGGGCGUUGCGGCAGCGUGGCAGAUGCGCGCCACGUGUUCGACUCUAUCCAUCCCAAAGAUUCCUUCUCGUGGAAUCUGAUGCUGGAUGCAUAUGCCAAGAACGGGCAUCUGGAACAGGCAAAAAGAGUGUUUAACGCGAUGCCUUGUUACAAUCUAGUCUCGUGGAACACAAUGUUGGCAGCACUGGCGAAAGCAAGCCAAGCGGCAGAAGCAAGCGCAUUGUUCUCCAGGAUGGAGGAAAGGGAUAUAAUCUCCUAUAACACAAUGUUAUCAGCAUAUGCCACACUUGGGCAUUUUGAUACCUUUCAAGAGCUUUUUGAUCGAAUGCCAGAUCACAGUCUCGCGUCUUGGAACUUGCUUUUAACGAACUACUCGCGACGAGGGCUUCUGGUUCAAGCCAAGAAAAUCUUCGAAAGAAUGCCGGAACAAGAUUUCUUCUCCAGGAACACGAUUCUUUCAGCACUUGCCCAGAACGGGCAUCUGCUAGAAGCGGCGGCGAUGUUCUCCACGCUGCCGCUGCGCGAUCUCGUCUCCUGGAACACGAUGAUCUCCGCGUACGCUCAACUCAGCCGCCUCGUUGAUGCAAAGGAUCUCUUCGACACAAUGCCCGAGAGGAAUCUCGUGUCGUGGAACGCGAUCCUGGGCGCGCUCGUCCAGCACGACCACCUGGACGAAGCCCACGAGAUCUUCGCCGCGAUGCCGGCCAAGAACUUGAUCUCCUGGAACGCGAUCCUGUCGGCGCUGGCGCGGGCGGGAUCAAUCUCCCGCGCCGGUAAUCUCUUCGCGGCAAUGCGCGAGAAGGAUCUCGUCUCCUGGAACAUCCUCCUCGUCGCCCAUGCCACCGCCGGAUCCAGCAUCGAGCGCUGCGAGGCGAUCUUCGCCGCGAUGCCGCAGUGGAACGCCGUGUCGUGGAACGCGAUCAUGGCGGCGCUGGCGCGCGCGGGGCGGAUCGCCGACGCCAGGGCCUUCUUUGAUCGCCUCCCGGAGAAGAUCAUCACGUCCUGGAACACGAUACUCACGGCGCUCAUCCAGUCCCGGCGAUGGAUGGAAGCCCACGAGCUCUUCCUGGAUCGAAUGCCCGAGCGCGAUCUCGUCUCAUGCAACGCGAUGCUCACGGCCUACUCGCAAUCGCGCGAACUUCUUCGCGCGAAAUCGCUCUUCGAUUCUAUGCCCCAGCGCAAUCUCGUCUCGUGGACAACGCUCCUGUGCCUCUACUCGCGCGAGGCCCGCCUCGAGGAGGCCAAGCUCCUCUUCGAUUCCAUGGCUCAUUGCGACUCCAUCGCCGCGAUCGCGAUGCUCAGCGCCUAUGCUCAGAACGGGCAUCCAGCCGACGCGCGGCGGAUCUUCGACUCCAUGCCAUCGCGCGAUCUCGCUUCCUACAACGCAAUGCUUGCCACGCUCGCCCAGGAUUUCCAGAUCCAUGAAGCGCUACUUCUCUUCCAUCAAAUGCCUGAUAGAGAUCCAAUCUCUUGGACAACGCUCCUCCUUCUAUUUGCCCAGACCGGGCAUUUGGAACUCGCCCACUCCCUAUUCAAGCAAAUGCCCGCCCAGGACCUCAUCGCGUGGACGGCCCUGAUCACCUCCCAUGCCCGCAUCGGGCGGCCAGGAUCCGCGCUCGCGCUCUCCUGGGCGAUGCAAAUCCACGGCCACGCGCCCGACGAUGCCACAUUCACGUCCCUCCUCCCGGCGUGCUCCCACGCCGGGGACUUGCGCACGGGAAUAUGCUGGCUCCGGUCAAUGGACGCUGACUGGGGGUUGACCCCGAGCAAGGAGCAGUACGGCUGCGUGGUUGACCUUUUGGGCCGGUCGGGCCACUUGGCCGCGGCCGAGGAGCUGGUCGCGACCAUGCCGUACACACCAGAGGCGCUGGAUUGGAUUUGCCUGUUAAGCAGGAGCGAUAGCGCUGUUGGUUUUGGGCGAGGAGCGGCAAAGCAAGCGAUGGACCUCUCGCCGGAAUCGCCUGCUAGCUACAUUCUUCUCUCAAACAUCACCACAAAGAUCUAA